GGUGCCCCAAGUAUCUAAAACGGCCCAAUUCUAACGGAUCCCGAGUUAUCCUAGAGAAAAGCGCGACAUCUCUUCGCAGGCGUUCUCAGUUGAAAACUUCCGUCGUCGGUAGUGCAGAAGCAAUAGAAUCUGCCUCUCUAGUUAUUGAAGAGCAACCAUGGCAGGUGGACAACCUGAGAGAGAAGACAAGGUCUCACUAGAGAUCACUGAAGAAAUCUUACAGAGCAUGGAAGUCGGCAUGACGUUUCGCGACUAUAGUGGUAGGAUCAGUUCAAUGGAUUUUCAUAAAACAUCAAAUUAUCUGGUGACGGCCAGUGAUGAUGAGUCCAUUCGUCUAUAUGAUGUUGCAAAUGCAACAUGUUUGAAGACUAUUAACAGCAAAAAGUACGGGGUUGAUCUGGUUAGCUUCACUUCCCAUCCUACAACUGUUAUAUACUCCUCCAAGAAUGGUUGGGAUGAAUCUCUACGGCUUCUUUCAUUGCAUGACAACAAGUACUUGCGGUAUUUCAAGGGUCAUCGUGACAGGGUUGUGUCUCUUAGCUUAUGCUCUAGGAAGGAGUAUUUUAUCUCUGGCUCGCUUGAUCGAUCUGUUCUACUUUGGGAUCAAAGAGCUGAUAAAUGCCAGGGCCUUCUUCGAGUGCAAGGAAGACCAGCUACUGCCAUUGAUGAGCAAGGACUUGUCUUUGCUAUUGCUUUUGGAGGAUAUAUAAGGAUGUUUGAUGCACGCAAUUAUGAAAAGGGGCCUUUUGAAAUUUUCUCUGUUGGAGGAGAUUUGUCUGAUGCUAACAUCGUUAAGUUCAGUAAUGAUGGGAGACUUGUGCUUUUGACAACUACGGAUGGGCAUAUUCAUGUGCUUGAUUCGUUUCGUGGCACACUUUUAUCAACAUAUAAUGUGCAGCCUGUUUCAAGUAGUUCAACAUUGGAGGCAUCUUUCAGCCCAGAAGGAAUGUUUGUUAUAUCAGGAUCAGGUGAUGGUAGUGUGUAUGCUUGGAGUGUCCGGAGUGGCAAAGAGGUAGCCAGUUGGAUGAGUACAGAUACUGAGCCACCUAUGAUCAAGUGGGCUCCAGGAAGCUUAAUGUUUGUGACUGGUUCUUCUGAGCUUUCAUUUUGGAUCCCAGACUUAUCGAAAUUGGGAGCUUAUGUGGGAAGAAAAUAGAGGAAUUUCAUGGUAAGUCCGUGUAUUGGGAAGAGAUAGAACAAAUCUACCAAAUCUUCUUGGCUUGUGCCUCCUGAGCAUUGUCUGCAUAACAUUAGGGUUUGGCAGAUCAUAAUGCGUGAUCCUCAGAGUGCUUUCUGAACUAGAACACAGGAAGAUCAGGUACUGAAUUUUCAUCAUAAUGUUGAUGUAUUUGCUGGGACCCCUCUCUCUCUUUCUCUGUCCCUCUCUUCCUCUGGAGCAUACUAUUGCAGCUCAUAUUGAUUUGCUUGAUAAUAUCCUUGGUCAUUGAAUGAAAUGGUUGUAUAAUACGGGGCAAGAAAAUGAAAGCUGUUAAGAACACCUGCCUCAGUCGAGUAGCCCGUCGGCGGCAAAUGAUAAACUUUUCAGGUGUUUCAGAACAGUUUUUGAGUUUUUGCAAUAGUUUAGCCUAAUCAUGUCAACUUUAUCUGGCCAAAGGGUAGAAUCCCUGGCUCAUUAUAAACAAGGUACAUAUGCCUUUGGAAUCUAUAGUAUAUAGAGCAAAUUGGGGAGUCUAGAUUCAGUAGAAGGUAGGAUAGCUUUGGUUAGUGUCUUCUUAUACACUUAGCUCAAAUAUUUCUAUGUGCUAACUAGUUCAGCAACUGGAAAGCUACCAUAUGUGCAUAUAACAUUUAACAAGCUCAGCAGUCGUUCAAAGGCCAGAAAGCUAACCACUCUAUCUUUCUUCCUUUAUUCUGCUUACAAGUCUGCUUAUGAAUGCUGCAUAUUGUCCGGUUCUAUUAUAGUACCAUAAUGACGAUAGCUUGUUGAAAGCUCAUCCCUAUUGUCUUCUCUCCCCGAGUCAGGCUCGUUAAAGAUAGAAUUACUUCCAUUUUUUACUGAAUGAUGCAACUUAGAGGAAAAAAGUCCGCUUAUGAAUGCUGCAUAAUAUCUUGGUCCGUCAUUGUACUAAAGCUUGUCAAAAAAUAUAUCCUGUUUGAUAUCAUUGACUUCUGAGUUUUACUGAUCUUCUGUCCUACAUAAUUGCAGUUUGGGCUACAAGAAAAAUCCGUAGUUGGAAGGUCAAAUGAUUGAUUGAGCUGAGAACUGUGGCGGUAUAGUCCUCCUAUUACUGGACUGAUUUGUCAUGAACCUUGUUUGAUUGCUUGAAGAUCACAUUUUGUGAUUUUUAUGAGUGAAACAUCUAAAACUUUUGAGGGCUCUAAUGUGAUUAAUGAGAUUGGACUUUUUGGUGCUCCAUCUCCUACUAAGUCCAGAUUCAUCCUGCUGGGCCUGGAGAUGCUGCAUCAAGAGAGGCUUUCUGAUACUGUACCACCAAUGUUUUUAACUGUCUACCAUUUCAAGAUAAAAGGAAAAGAAGAGUAAAUUGGUAUUCUCGAUUGCAAGUAAGUAUAGUGCUGUAGAUAAAUUAGACAGUAUUCCCUUAUUUCCUUCUUGUAAAUAACUUUAUCUGACUCGAUUUUGUUCUUGAUGUAUGUGCCUAUAGUUCGGCGUUCUACUU